AUGCAGUUCAAAUUCGUAAUUUUGCUCGCCAGCAUUGCCUUCGUCUCUGCUGGUCUUUUGCCGGAGAAUUUCGAACAAAACGAUCCUCAUGCAAAUUAUGAAUUCUCCUACAGUGUUGACGAUCAAGAAUCGGGUGAUGUUAAGACCCAACUAGAAAAUCGUGAUGGUGAUAGUGUACAAGGCCAGUAUACCCUCAACGAUGCUGAUGGCUAUAAACGUAUUGUGGACUAUUCGGUAAAUGGAGACAGUGGUUUCAGAGCCACCGUACGUCGUGAACGUUUGGAUGAUGCCGAAACCUAUACCAAACAAUCGAUUGAAAAACCAGCAGCAGAAGUUAAGGAAAACCUUGUAAAGCCUGUGGUCCCAGCCAAACCUUUGGUGCAGAAACCCGUGGUACAGAAACCCUUGGUGCAAACCCCUGGCUAUUUACGUACCACCGUUGUCCAUCAACCCGCAAUAUAUCAUGCCCCAGCUCCUGUUGUCCAUUUGACACCAUCAACACAUCAUCAUAUUGUUCAUGCGGCUCCAGCUACCACAGUUCUUAAAUCGACUCCCACUGUUAUUACAACAACAACACAUCAUCAUACCCCUGCUGUAGUCCAUCAUCACGCUCCAGCCGUUGUUCGUGCCGCUGUGGUCCACCAUGCUCCUGCUACGGCUGUGGUACAUCAUCAUACUCCCGCUGUUGCAACACCUCACCAUCAUGUCUCUUAUGUUCAUUAUCAUUAA